AUGAAAUCAUAUAUACAAAUACUGGGGUGUGCAACUCCAGACACCACACCCUCAGUACUAGUUCAUUUUGAUACGCGCGCUGCGCAACGGUAUCUUUUCAACUGUGGCGAGGGCACGCAGCGAGUAUGCCUGGAGAACAAAGUGCGGCUACCGAAAUUGCAGAAUAUUUUCACGACUCGUGUUGUUUGGGAGACAUUGGGUGGGCUUCCAGGAAUGCUGCUGAGUAUGGCAGACGCGGGAAUUCCAAGUGCUAGAAUACUCGGUGGUGAAAAUCUGACACACUUUCUCGUGGCCACGCGAAAUUUUAUAGUAAGAUCAACAAUGUCAGUUGAGACUCUUGAAUUUCCGGAAGACGGAAUGGAAUUCAAAGAUGAAAAUCUGAUUAUCAAAGCAGCUUUAAUUUAUCCCGAGGAUUUGCGUCAAUCAAUUGCAUCUGACAAUAAUUCAUCAUUGUCUACAGCAGAGAUCUCUUUACCACAAAAAAGGUCGCAUGACUUAGCAUCAUUAGAUCACUCGGAACAAAAAUCCUCUUCGUUAGACACCGCCGGAGAAACUGCGACUAAAUCGUCAUCGACAAAUACAACUCCCGAGAAAAGUUUGAGUGAUCAACGUCGCGAGUUUUUUCCUCAGCGAUUACCAAAAUCCAGAAUAUCAUCGACAUCUAUCGCGUAUAUAUGUAAAGGUCCAGACUAUAAAGGAAAAUUCAAUCCACAAGCUGCACAGGCUCUUGGGUUGCCUCCUGGCCCGCAGUAUGCCAAGUUGGUUAAUGGACAUUCGGUAACAACACCAGAUGGCAACACUGUGCAUCCACAUCAAGUAUUGAGUGGUGCGCGUGGUGGAAUUAUAUUUAUUAUAAUAGACAUACCAUCGGUGGACUAUAUAUCAUCACUUAUCACAAAUCAAGAUUUAGCCCUAUAUCAAAAAUCCGAAAAAGAUAUGGAACCUGGUGCUGUGAUCCACAUGUUGGGCAAUGGUGUGUUGGAGGACGAACGGUACAGAGCGUGGAUGAAAAAGUUUGGAGGAAAUACUCAGCAUAUUAUUGCUAACGGAGAGUACUGUCCACAACGAUUGAUAUUCAAUCACGCCGGUAAAAGCCAAUAUAAAUUGUCGAAACUGGAUUCUACGCAAUUUCGGAUUCCUUUCUAUUCAAAUGAACCGUUAAAGAACUUCAAAGAAGAUGGUGAUCAUAAUGUUGACAAAAGGCGGUUUCACUCAGUUCCAGACUUACCACGAAAAGUCACUACCUCUGCGCCUCUGUUAAUUUAUGACAUGGAACCAAAACCCAAGCUAGAUGCCACCCAAAUACCUCCACUAUUCGAUCUCAAGGAUCCAAAUUCAUCCGUCAUAAAGUCUGUAAAAUACCUGAGAGAUUAUCUCGCUAUUGCUCAACAGAUAAGAAAAGAAUUUGAUACGAAUAAGAUGCCUACUACAAAUAUACCGGGACAUGAUGUUACCGUAACGACACUCGGAACUGGAUCGAGUGCACCAUCGAAAUAUCGAAAUGUUAGUGGCAACUUGAUAACUAUCCCAAAGUAUGGCUCAAUUCUUUUAGAUGUAGGCGAAGGAACAUAUGGCACAUUGAUAAGACUUUUUGGCCCAUUAGGCAAAAAAGCGCAUGAUGGGAUGAUGACGCUAGAGGAAUGUAUUAAUGGACUAAAAUGUAUUUUCAUUUCUCAUUUGCACGCUGAUCAUCAUUUAGGAACGAUGCGAAUUCUAAAGAUAUGGAAUGAGCUUAACAAAGACAAGCCUAACUCUAGAUUAUCUAUUGUCGCCCCCGGGCGUCUGUUCAAAUGGUUAGACGAACAUAGCGACAUUGAAUACUUUGGAUUUCCUAAAAUGCAAUUCAUCGACAAUAGAGACAUAUUGCCAAACAGCCGUUACUAUAAUGUCAAGAAGAUAGAGAACCUAAAAAUGGAUUUAGGAUUGAAAGAUAUUACUUCGGUUGAGGUGAUUCAUUGUCCAUCCGCAUAUGGUGUCAGUCUGCAACAUUUGGAUGGGUGGAAACUUGUUUAUUCGGGCGAUACUCGACCAUGUGAUAAUCUGAUAAGAAUAGGCAAAAACGCCACACUAUUAAUUCAUGAAGCUACAUUCGAGAACGACUUGAUCGAUGAUGCACUCGGAAAACGGCAUUGUACAACCAGUGAAGCAGUAAAAGUGAGCGAAAGGAUGAAUGCGCAAUCGACGCUAUUCACCCACUUUAGUCAGCGGUACCCCAAAGUACCGGUAUUCACCGACGCGCACAAUCGUAUCGGCAUAAGUUUCGACAUGAUGCAGUUCCAACUAGGAGAUUUUUAUAAACUUCCGAAAUAUGUAAGGGCGUUGAAAGUUUUGUAUGGUGAUGAAUGCGAAGAAGCGAAAGAGGAUAGUGUCGAGGAUGUAUUGUUUGCGGGCAAGUAA